AUGGCCAACUUUGCUUGGUUUGGAAACAAACUGCAACAUCUUUGUAGUUGUUUAUGCUUGAAGCUGGCCUGUUUCGGGAGAUCAAUAUUCAAUCUUCUUGUCUGCUUCUACCGUCACUUUCUUUUCAGUAUGAAGUCGUUUACCAUUCACGUUGUCUAUUUUGUCUCCCUUUCGUUUCUGGGUUUUCUCAUUCUCAAGGUUUUGAAGCCAAGAACCGAAUCGUUCGAGCCUAGGAAUCUAGAUUUGCUCUUCACGUCCGUAUCUGCGUCCACAGUGUCGAGCAUGUCCACUGUUGAAAUGGAGGUUUUCUCCAACACCCAACUCAUCGUUCUCACCGUCUUGAUGUUCAUAGGUGGCGAGGUUUUCACCUCCAUGGUCGGGCUUCAUUUAGGGAGGAUUAAGUUUAGGAGAUUUGGGCGUAACAGUAGUAGUGCCAAUAGUAGUAAUCUUGGUACUUCGAGUUCCUCGCAGGACAAAAUAGAGCUAGGAAUCACGGGAGGACCCGAUAAUGACUUCCACACAAAAUUCGAGACACUAGAUCAUCAUACUGACGAGCAUUUGAGGUACAGAUCAAUCAAGUUUUUGGGGUUCGUGGUUUUGGGUUAUCUUCUAGUGAUUAACGGGGUAGGAAUAGCGUUUGUUUUCGGGUACCUAAAACUGGUUUCAAGUGCAGGAAAUGUCCUCAAAACCAAGGGCCUAAAGUCGCUCACUUUCUCCGUCUUCACAGUGGUUUCAACCUUUGCAAGUUGUGGCUUCGUGCCAACGAACGAAAACAUGGUGGUUUUCAGCAAGAAUUCCGGCCUGCUCCUGAUGCUCAUACCUCAAGUUCUUGUGGGGAACACUUUAUUCCCUCCAUGCUUGAGAUUUUCCAUAUGGGUUUUGGGUAAGUUUGUGAAGAAUAAGGCAGAGGAAUCCGAUUACCUGUUGAAGAAUACAGGGGAAGUUGGAUAUCUGCACUUGCUUCCCAACUUGCACUCGUCCCUCUUGGUGGUUACAGUCGGGGGAUUCAUUCUUGUACAGUUCAUUCUCUUCUGCUCUCUGGAGUGGGAAUCCGCAGCCUUCAGUGGAAUGAAUACUUACCAGAAAAUCGUGGGAGUGUUGUUUGAAACUGUCAACUCAAGGCAUAGCGGUGAAACUAUACUGGAUAUCUCUACCAUCGCUCCUGCCAUCUUGGUGCUCUUCAUUGUCAUGAUGUACCUUCCUCCUUACACUUCGUUCUUACCCAAAAAAGAGAACGAUGAGAUUAAUUAUGGACUAGGACAAGACGAUGUUAAUGCUAAUACAAAGUCGAAGAAAAGAAUAAGCAGCAGGCGAAAGGUGGCGGUGCUAGAGAACCUCAUUCUCUCACAGCUUUCUUAUCUAGUUAUAAUCAUCAUUCUCAUUUGCAUCACGGAGCGCACAAAGAUGAGAGACGAUCCCCUCAAUUUCAACGUCUUGAACGUUGUUCUCGAAGUCAUAAGUGCAUACGGAAAUGUGGGGUUCACGACAGGCUACAGUUGCAAGCGGCAACUAAAGGUCGACGAGAAUUGCAAAGACAAAUGGUACGGAUUCUCGGGAUGGUGGAGCGACAAGGGCAAGCUCAUUCUCAUUCUUGUCAUGUUUCUUGGAAGAUUCAAGAAGUUCAAUAUGCAGGGAGGCCAAGCUUGGAAGCUCUUCUAGCUACCUACUUCAUUCACUAACUUAUUAAUCAAGAGAAAUGGCGUGCGUGCUAAUGCUUCUGUUUGUCCUCUUCGCUGUCUCUUCAAUUAAAUUAAUUCAUCUCAUUAUCAAAUUAAUACAUAAUGAUAUAUAUUAAUAAUGUUAAAAAACUUAAUAUUAUUUUUUAAAUUUAUUUUAUAAUUAACAAGAAAAAAUACAUUUCUUUCAGACGAAGUGAUGAAUUUUUUUUUUAGACAGAAUACUCUUAUAUUUGUUUGAUUAAAAGUAUUCUGUUUGAAAAAAAUCUAUCUCUUUAUUUGAGAGAGACAAGUUUUUUUUUAUGUUAAUUGUAGAAUAAAAUUUAAAAAAAUAUAUUAAUUUUUUAAUAUUAUUAAUAUAUAUUAUUAUAUAUUAAAUUGAUAAAAUGGCUUAAUUUGAUUGAAGGGAGAGACGAGAGAAUGGGACAGCAGAUCUCGCUCCGAGAGAGAGAGAGAGAGUGAUUGUGUGUGUGUACUAAGAUAGUAGUUAUGCUUGAGAAUGUGUGUGUACUAAAAUAAUCGUUACGCUCUUUAAAAUACUCUCUUCCUAUCAUUCUUUCUUAUGCCGUCUGCUCAUUAUUAUUGAGAUCAUUUUAAUGAUGAGAUGGGCAACAUGAGAUGGAGAGCAAUAGAAAAGGAGAGAACUUUUAAGGAAAUGUACUUAAAAUUUUUGUAUAAUGUUGGAUUACGCUCAUUUAUUGGCAU